GUGUGGCCGUGGAAGAACUGGAUCUGGAAGUGGAGUUCCCCUUGGCCAACUGGACACAUCUCCUGGUCUACAGCGCCUCAAGUGGCGCGGAACAGUCCACGCCCUUCGCGCUACGCAUGGAAGAUGUGACCAGUAGCGUUUCGGGCCUCGCGUUCGUGGAUCAGGACUUGGAUCUCGGUGAUCUUGGAGGUGUGGUGCAGUGGAACGCCCCGAGCGAUACCAGGAGGGUGGAAGCCUACCGUGUCUACCUAACAGAUGGCGCAUCGACGCGCUCGUUGAUAGGCACGGAGAUUCCCCUGGGCCUCAAUGAGACGUUCCUCCCAGCAGAGACCGACAACGUUUGGUCGUUGGUUGAGGUCUACACGCGCUCGAAGUUGGUGGAACAGACCACACCCAUAGGCCUAGCGAUUUCGGAUACGUCGGCUUCGGUGUCGGGGAUCGACUUUGUGGACGACGACCUGGACCUCACGAACCUCGGCGGCUCGCUGACCUGGCUGAAGCCCACAAAUGCGGCGCAGGUCGAGAGCUACGUGGCCUACCUGGCGGAAGCGUGUCAGGACAGCGUGGUGGCGGAGGUCACGGGCUCGCUGUCGCUCAGCGUGGCGGCCACGGAGACGCAGGUCCUGGCGGCAGUGCAGGCGAGCCUUGCGACCAUGCUGGGCGUCAGUCAGUCAGAAAUCAUCAUCGCCUCCAUCACUGCCGUGUCAGCAAGACGUUUGAGCACCACAUGGGACGUGACCUACAAGAUUUCAGUGCCAGUGGCCCAGGCCUCGCAGUUGGUGGCUUUGACAGCUGCGAUCAAUGUGGAUGCCACUAGCUUCGUGGCCACCUUGAGGGAAGAGCUCUUGCAUCAAGGAGUUGACAGUGCAGCUGUCACCUCAUUGCAGCUCUUGUCCUUCUCGACCGCCAGCGUGAGAAUUGUGGUCAACGACUUGGCCAACAGCACGGAUGACAGCGACUCUGGUGAUUCCAACACCUCGGACACCCGGCGCCUGGCCUCGUCGCCGACUUCGGUGCCGCUGUGGAUUUGCCACGCGGAAGUCCUGGGCAACGCCACGGUGAACGAGACCAGUAUGGACAUUCUGGUGGAUACCCCACUGAGAAACUUCACUCACAUCCUGAUUUAUACCAGCUCUACAUUGGCGGAGCAAACCACUCCGGAGGCUCACUUGAUUUUGGACGCUUUCGCGUCGGUCUCAGGUGUGUCUUUCCAGGACUUGGACUUAGAUCUUGGAGAGCUGGGAGGCACCGUGCUGUGGCUUGAACCGCAAACCUCUCAGCGGCUGUUGGCCUAUGACGUCUACCUGGCGGCCUCGGAGACAGGACAGUUCUGGUGUCCAGCCAAGUUGGGUCGUUUCGGUUCCAAGCCCCCGAUGGCUGGCUAUGGCAAAACAGAGAGUCCCACCGUGGUGCUCGUGACCGGUGGAACUGGCCUUGUGGGUAAGGCCAUCAACAAGGUGGUCAACGAAGAUGAUGCCGCGAAGGGGGAAACAUGGGUUUUCCUGUCCUCCAAAGAUGGGGACUUGGUGGAUCGAAGUGCAACGGAAGCGAUUUUCAAAAAGCACCAACCGACACACGUGAUUCAUCUGGCAGCCAGGGUGGGCGGCCUUUUCCACAACAUGGCGAAGAAAGUGGAGUUUUUCCGCGAGAACAUGUUGAUUAACGACAACAUCAUGGAGUGCUGCCGCAUUUACGGCGUCAAGAAGCUGGUCUCCUGUCUCUCAACCUGCAUCUUCCCCGACAAAACCACCUAUCCCAUAGAUGAGACGAUGCUGCACAACGGGCCUCCACACGAUUCCAACCUGGGAUACUCCAUUGCCAAGCGUCUGGUGGAUUCGAUGAACCAUUGCUACAAAGAGCAGUACGGCUGUCAGUUCACCUCCUUGAUUCCGACCAACGUCUAUGGACCCCACGACAACUUCAACGUCCAGGACGGUCACGUCAUCCCCGGGCUCAUCCACAAGUGUUACUUGGCCAAGCAGAAGGGCGAAGAUAUGGUGCUCUGGGGUUCCGGAACACCCAUGAGGCAGUUCAUCUUCUCCGAGGAUUUGGCUCGGCUCAUUGUGUGGGUGCUCCGUGACUAUCAGGAGAUUGAGCCCAUCAUCCUCAGCGUGGGCGAAGAGGAUGAGGUCUCCAUCAGCGAUGUGGCGCAGAUGAUCUGCGAGGCUAUGGACUUCAAGGGCAAGUUGGUGAAAGAUACCACGAAAGCCGAUGGCCAGUUCAAGAAGACUGCGUCCAACAAAAAGCUUCGUAGUUACAAGCCCGAUUUCAAGUUCACGCCGAUACGGCAAGGGAUCCAAACUGCGGUGGAUUGGUUUGUGGAAAACUACAGUGCUGCGAGAAAAUGAGGUGACAGCGGUGACGUGGAGUUGCCAACAAAAAUGUGUCAGAAUAGGUGAAAAUGGGACCCAACAAGUCCCAUUGAAGCGUAGCUCCGAUAGUUCCGCACAGCGCAAUGUCGCAGAUGAAAA